AUGGAGGACCGCCACAUCGCCGUCGUCGGCCUCGGGGGAGACCCCCACACGGCCUUCUUCGGUGGGUUCGACGGCCACGGUGGCAAGGCCGCCGCUGAGUUCGCCACCAACAACAUGCCCAGGAUCAUGGCGCAGGAGCUGCUGCAGCAGCAGCAGCAGCAAACGCCCAUGACCACAAUCAAAGCCGUUGAGGAGGAGGCCAUGAGGCGUGCCUACCUGAGGACCGACGCCGACUUCUCCUCCACUUCCAGCGCGGGCGGCGCCUACUGCGUCACGGCGCUACUCCACGAGGGCCGCCUCAUGGUGUCCAACGCCGUGCUCUACCAUGCGGGCAAGGGCUCGCUGGCGAUGUCUAGGGGCAUCGGCGACGGGCACCUCAAGCCAUGGGUGCUGGCGGAGCCAGACACCACCACGCUGCCCGUGGACGCGAGCUGCGAGUUCCUUGUCCUCGCCUCCGACGGCCUAUGGGACAAGGUGGACGCGCAAGAAGCGGUGGACGUCGCGCGUCUCGUCAGUGUUACAUCGGCGCCAGCAGCGCCCCCUCCGUGGCUCGCGGUUGGUGGGCUCCAUUGCAAGGGACUUAUUGAGAAAACACCAUUACCUAGCAUGGGGCAAAUUGAUCGAGGUCACCAGCAUGUGUUUCAGCGUGAUUAUAACUUUACCUUGCCAAGAAACGGCACAAUUUUCGACAUAGACAUUGAUGCAUUUCAACAGAAGCCUUGGAGACAGCAAGGGGUGGAUCUUACUGACUACUUCAAUUUUAGUCUGGAUGAAGAAGGCUGGAGAAAAUAUUGGUGUAGCAUGAAACAAUUAAGGUUAGGGGCUAGAUCACUUGUAAAUGAAACAUCAGGAUUGGAGCAGGAAUCAUACAAACUGAAAUCUGUCAAAGCAAUGUCCAAGGUAGCAAAUGAUUCUGGAUCUGAAGGAAGAAAUGGCCUUGGCAAGGUAAACAUGACGCUUUCGCCAUCAAAUCAAUCCACUUCAGAUGACAGCUCAAAGUUAAAUUACAAUGCUGUGGCUACUGAAAGGCACGCCCCCAGCCUGGCUCCGCCCGGAAGUUCGCCGGAGGUGGUCGCCAGAGGUGGCAGUGGCAUCCGUGGAGGUCCUCGUCGUCGGAGGUCCGUGCUCACGGAGAUCCGCGGAGGUCCUCGUCGGAGGAGGCGAGGUGGCAGGCGUGCAGGGCGGCUCCUCGAUGGCUUCCCGGCCAUGGCGGAGGCGGAGGAGGAGGAGCAGGAGGGGCCCCGCCGAGCCGCCGUGGCGAGCGUUGGUCGAUCCACCGAGUCAAUGCGGCGUACGUCUAAGCCGCGCCCGGUGGUCGAUCCACCGAGCCAUGCUGUUCUUCAUCGUCCUGGACAUCCUCUUGGUGGUGCACGUGGUGGGCGCCGUCGCCGUCGCGGCGUACGUCUAUGCCGCGCCCGGUGCGAGGCAGACGCUGCGGCGCAAGGCCCUGAACGUGUGGACCUUCUCGGUGUUCACGACGGUGUCCACGUUCUCCAACUGCGGCUUCAUGCCGACGAACGAGAACAUGAUGGUGUUCAGCCGGGACAUGCCGCUGCAGCUGCUGCUCGUGCCGCAGGCGCUGGUGGGCAACACGCUGGUGGGCGGCCUUGGGACCUCCACCGCAGGAUGUUCAUGAUGGAGGUUCCUCAGAGGGUGUUGGGAGCAAACUUGAUAGAAGAGAUUCUUAUUUUGCAAGGGAUCAAUCUCGUAGUCCUGAUUAUUCUGAUACGCUUUCUGGAGAAUCAAAAGAAAAUCUCUAUUUUAAGAGAUCCAAUAGACAUUCAGAAUUCAGGGACUUCUUUGAAGACACCAAACUUCAGGAUGAGCAUGUCAAAUCUGAUUUUAAUUGCUAUUCAAUCAGGAAAGAGAAGAGCCAUCGAUGACCGUAGCGUGGAUGUUGAAUUUUCCCGUUACACUGACUACAGAUUUUGCGAAAGGCAGAGUCCUGAGGUAAGAGGCAGAUACAGAGACAAAGGAAGAUUUGCCAAAAGCAAUGAUGGGCAUUUCAGACAUGCUAACCAUCUUGAGUUGUAUCCUGGCCUCAACAAUUAUGAGGGGGACAGGCCUGCUACUGGCUUCCCUUCUAUGAGCUCAAGAAACAGAUGCAUCAAUAACAAAAAAGUCCGCAAUGCUAAGACGGCACAAAAUAAUUGUCAUGGGUAUCAUCAAAAGAACAAGCAGCAUGAUUCAUCAUUUUGUAUUGGCAACAUUCCUCGAUCUGCUUUGCAAACUGAUACUUAUGCUGAAACAGGCCAUUUUGUUCUGCCAAUUAAGAGGAAGCUUCAUUCUGAUCUGGGUCCCGUGGACCAAAAAACUCUUGCUGAUUUGCCACUUCUGAAAGGAAGAAGAUUGAUGCAUGGCCAAUCCAUUGUCAGUGAUAGGAGGAUUUAUGCUUUGAAGCUGCAUAAGUCGACAGAGAAAAUUAAUACAGAAGUCAUUUGUAGUUUCAAACAUUUUUGUUGGGAGAAAACAUGA